UUCCAUCGGUUCUUUGCAGUACAAUGACUAAGGAAAUAGAUUUUGUGGCCGAUUUAAACGAUAAGUAUGCAGCGUUGGAAUACGAGUUAGAUGAAAAGUUAAAAGCAGUUGCCCAAGCUGAACAACAACUCCAGUCCGGUUCGUCAAAGUUGCACCGCAAGGAACACCCAGAAAUCAAUCAUUCAUUGGAGACGGCCAAACAGCGAAAUUUCACCUUACUGAAGUCGUUAGAAGUUGCUAAAGCGAGGCUUCGAUCUCGUGCCACAUUCAGCCCGCUGGAAACGAUCCUGCAAAAGGCGAUUGGAAAUUAUGUGAAGCAAUCUUCCCUUGUGCCUUCCAGCACGGUAAAAGCCUACGGUCCAACGUACGUUUAA